AUGGAGUGUGAAGGACAGGUGACACCGGAAGUAAGCGGGAUUCGGCAUUCAGUGUUCUACAACGAGAACGGGCACAUUGACAGGAGAGGUAACAAGGAAUAUGUAUGUUGUAAACAGGGGUAUUCGUUGACAAGCACUGUUAGUCGUAAGAGAAGGCGGCGAGGUUGUACUAGAACUGGUUGCAAGGCUAAACUUGCGAUAUUGAAGGUGAAAGAGAAUAAUAAGUACAUUGUUAUAGGAUUCAAUGAGGUAAGCCUUCUUGUGGUGCAAGUAGAGAGAUUGGAAAAUGUUGGGUUUGUUAAGAGAGAUGUGUAUAAUUAUCUAAGGGACGUGCGUGGAGAGGUGAUUAGGCAUGAUGCAGAGCUGCUUAAGGAGCAUUUUUUGGCUAAGCAAGAAAAGAAUGAAUCCUUUUAUUUCAAGAUGGAGGUAGAUUUGGAAGGAAGGAUGGGUAAUGUUUUCUGGUUAGAUGCAAGGUCAAGACGAGCUUAUUGGUUUUUUGGAGAUGUGGUGGUAUUUGAUACGAUGUUCAACACUAACCCCUAUGGGAUGGUCUUUGUGCCUUUGUUAGGCUUUAAUAACCAUCGGCAGACAGUGUUGUUUGGUUGUGCAUUCCUAACUAGUGAAACCACGGAUUCAUUUGUAUGGUUGUUAGAGGAAUUCAAGAAAGCCAUGCCAGGUGAGCCUCCCAAAAUGAUCAUCACUGAUCAAGAUGUAGCCAAGUCAAAGGCAAUUGCUAUAACUCUCCUGACAACAUUCCAUAGAUAUUGCAUAUGGCAUAUCUUGAAUAAGAUUACAGAGAAACCCGGCAUUGGAGAAUGUGUUUCGAAAAUGUGCAAAUGCAUAUGGGGUAUGGACACGAAAGAAUAA